AUGAUUACUGGGCAUCCUCUCCUGCGACAAAUCCUAUUCCUGGCCCUUCGUCCCAAAACACUCCAGAUAGUGUUCUUCCUGAGUCUCCUCCCGUUGAGACUACUCCUGUCGUGCCUCCAAUUCCUACUCCUGCGCAAACUCCUAUUCCUGAGCAAUCCCGUCAUUGCAAUGAGCACUGCCGGUGGUGAUUUGGGUCCGAUGGCGGCGGCUGGUCAACAGCCCCCGGCCAACGUCGUCGACUUGCCCAUGGUCGACCAAGCUAGUGAUGCUUCUUCUCCUCGUCUUCCGGUGCUUAAGGAGCCACCACCUGUCGGAGUUUUCGACGUUACUGCGGAGGCGGCGUCCAAGGCGCAGAUGGCGUUAGGGGCCUAUAUCAACUUUGUCGUCAUGCUGUUCCGGUCUGCAUUCUUAAUGUGUGGCUGGAAAGUCUCUGAUCCUCAUUCGCUUGCUUGGAUCAACUUUCAUUUGGGCCCUCCUCAGCUCCUUGGCCACCUCCACUCCUGUGUUGCUGCUCUGACUCCUCCGGUCAUUCCUUCUUUGGAGUGGCUUGAGAGCUGGCUCGUCGCUAACGUGUCUUCAACCACUGACAAUCCUGACUACGUGGCGGCUGGGAACAUUCUGGCGAUGACUUCCAAGCAUUUUCCGGGGCUCAACGACUUACUUAAUUUCGUCCUUGAGCAACGUCGCGUUCUAACUACUCAUAUUUCCGAUCACAUGUGGAUCCUUUUCAUCUUCCACAUGCUUCCAGACCGUCUACGUUCCAUCCUUCAACUGCGGACUGACGGUAACAAGCUCGUCGAGUGGAGUAAUCUUGAUGAGUUUAUGACGACUUGCCGUUGCAACGCGAAGCUUUACCGUCCUCUCGUUUCUGCAGCUAACGCGGGCGCUUCUGGGUCUACUCCUAAUGCGCGUACUACUCCUCGUUCCUUCCGUUCGCCGAAGUCGCCGGCUAUGCCUACGAAAUCUUCGGCGCCUCGCAAGACUCCCAUUCCUCCUCCUGCGAUUUCUCGUCUUCCUGACAACGUACCUAACAAUCGUCGUUUCGUGGAUUACGAGCCCGGUCGCAAGCUCUAUAUCAAGGGCUUGACUGCGGCGUCUUCUCGUCAGUUGAAGGCGCAAAAGAAGUGUUUGCUUUGCAAGAGUAAGCAGCACAUGGUGCCUACGUGUGAACUCCGCGCAACUGUGCUGGACAACAUGUUUGGAUGCACGCGCCAUUUAAUCAGCUUGAAGAUUUUCUGCGUCAUUACUUGCAGUGCAAAGCUAAAGCGCCGCACCUUACCUCAGAUGCCUUGCCUGUUGCCAUUUCUAUGGGUGAUGGUCGACCUGCUCCUGUGA